AUGUUGGUGUAUAACUUGCAGAUACAACACAAUCUAUUGACUACGAUUGUAUUGGUGUUGUUUAGAUUUGAUCAUUUCAUAUGUUUUCCGGUGUUUGAUACUGAAUGCGAUUCCACGCCAUUUAUAUUCAAUCCUAAUGGAAAUAUUUAUUCACAUAAAGAUUAUGAAAAACACUUAGCUUAUGAUGGAUUGAUUCAAUGUUUUUGGUUAAUUCAUGUGAAUCCACAAGAUCGUAUUAUUAUUCAAUCAGUUGAGUUUGAUCUAGCUGAUAGUUCAUCUGAAUGUGAUGAAGAUAGUGUAACAGUUUCUGAACCAGACGAUGAACAAAAUAACAAUAUUACAUCGUCGGAAAUCGAUACAUUCACAAAACAAAUCGGUAAGCAUGCAUACUGUGGAUCGACAAAUUUUAGACUAUUGUCCAGUUCUAAUCAACUAUUGAUAACAUUUAAAGCUCGAUCAACUGGAAAACACAAGGGUUUCAAUUUACGUUACUCAGCUAUACCUCGUAACUUGGCAAACAUCGUGGAAUCUUCAUUGGAGUCCUUUACAAUGAAUAAGACAUGCGACUCAUCAUUCGAAUGGAAAUGUCCAACUUCACAAUGUAUAUUGAAAAUAUGGAGAUGUGAUGGACUUGCUGAUUGCUCAGGUUCCGAAGAUGAAAUGAACUGUUUGAGUCCCUUUUCGAAAAUAACUUUUUUUAAUGGUCGACAAAAACGUUCAGUUUAUGAUGAUGAAGAAAACUGGGGUCGUGUGGUCAAUGGUCAACCAGCUGCUAAAGGAGCUUGGGCUUUUAUAAUUUCUUUACGUUUCGCUGGAAAUGGGGCACAUGUUUGUGCAGGUAGCCUAAUUAGCACACAAUGGGUAAUGACAGCUGCACACUGUGUUCAAUCAAUGCCAGACCCAAAGCGUUGGUUUGUCGAUGUUGGUAGAUAUUAUAAAAAUACUGGUGAUUCUGAUGUUCAGAGAAUAAAACUAGCGCAAAUUGUUAUACAUCCAUCCUAUAAUAAAAAUAUUUACGCUAAUGACAUAGCACUGUUACGUCUUCAAACUCGAGCAAGUUUAGAUAAUCGUCAUGUUCGUCUUUCUCCAGUUGCACGUAAUUCUCAAUUAUCCAAAUUAUUAACAGCCAAUGUUCAGUGUAUUGUUGCUGGUUGGGGUGAUACACGUAAUACAGGUUCAAAUGAUGUUCUGAGACAAGCUGUUCUUCCUGUGAUUAAUUACGAUCUGUGUAAAUCAUGGUAUCAAUAUCUUAAUAAAGCAAGUUUCUGUGCUGGAUAUCAACAAGGAGGAGUUGAUGCUUGUCAAGGUGACAGUGGAGGUCCUCUUUUGUGUUAUGUUGGCGGCCAAACAAUUCAAGCUGGAAUUGUUUCAUGGGGCAACGACUGUGCAAAACCAAGGAAUCCGGGAGUUUAUACGAACGUCGCUAUGUUUUAUGACUGGUAUUCAAGUGUUUUGUAA